AAAAUAAGCAAUGACGUCAUAGUUGAAAACACGAUUUAUGUGGCAACAACAGCUACGAGACGAGCCAGAGAGACCACCACACUAUAAAACCAAGCAGGCUCGUCCUCGUCAAUCCGCAGAAGAAUUAUUGUACUCGGAAGUCAAUCGGAGUAACUAAGAAAUCAUAUCGGAUAUGUCGACGGCGACGAACAAGCAAGUGGUAUUAAAAGACUACGUGAGUGGUUUCCCUAAGGAAUCCGAUUUCGAUCUCACUACCAACACCGUCGAAUUUAGGGUUCCGGGAGGUUCUAACUCGGUCCUGGUGAAGAAUCUAUACUUGUCAUGCGAUCCUUACAUGCGCCUUCGCAUGGGCAAACCUGAUCCCUCCACUGCUGCUCUUGCUCAAGCUUACGCUCCCGGCCAGCCAAUCUUUGGGUAUGGAGUGUCUAGAGUGAUAGAAUCUGGGCAUCCAGAUUACAAAAAAGGUGAUUUACUCUGGGGUAUUGUUGGAUGGGAGGAGUACAGUGUUAUCACUCCAAUGACGCACAUGCAUUUCAAGAUUCAACAUACUGAUGUUCCAUUAUCCUACUAUACUGGACUUCUCGGUAUGCCUGGUAUGACUGCUUAUGCUGGGUUUUAUGAAGUCUGUUCUCCAAAAAAAGGAGAAACAGUUUAUGUGUCAGCUGCAUCUGGUGCCGUUGGUCAGCUUGUGGGUCAAUUUGCUAAGAUGAUGGGUUGUUAUGUUGUUGGAAGUGCAGGUAGCAAAGAAAAGGUUGAUCUGCUCAAGACCAAGUUUGGGUUUGAUGAUGCCUUUAACUACAAGGAAGAACAAGACCUUACUGCUGCUCUGAAAAGGUGUUUUCCCACAGGCAUUGACAUAUAUUUUGAGAACGUAGGAGGCAAAAUGCUAGACGCAGUGCUCUUAAACAUGAACCCACUCGGGCGUAUCGCUGUCUGUGGAAUGAUCUCACAGUACAAUCUUGAAAACCAAGAAGGCGUACACAACCUAUCCAACAUAAUAUACAAACGAAUCCGCAUUCAAGGCUUUGUAGUUCUUGAUUUCUACGACAAAUACUCAAAGUUCUUGGAGUUUGUGCUUCCGUGCAUUAAAGAAGGGAAAAUAACGUACGUGGAAGAUGUAGUUGAUGGUCUCGAGAAAGGUCCUGAAGCUCUGGUGGGUCUUUUCCAUGGCAAGAAUGUUGGCAAACAAGUUGUUGUUAUUGCUCGUGAGUAAGGACUUAUAAUGGGAGUAAUGUAAUAUAUUUAUCCAACAAGAGUUUGUCUGGUAUGGGUGUUCGAACCCAAGCGUGAGUUUUUGGUUUAUAAAUAUUAUUAGUAACUGAAGUAAAUUUUAAUAUAA